AAACAAAAAGAACUUUCGUAUCAAAACAAACACGAAAACGAUUUAAGUUUUUUAAUGUAGCGCAGUGUAUUGAAUUGAUUGGACAUAAAUAUAUUUUUUAGUAAAAUGUUGACCAAACUAUUUUUUGUUGUGUCGUUGUUUAGUUUAUGCUUGUAUUUAUAUGGAGUUCUGGUAACAAUUACUGUGUCGGAAAAAAAUGUCUGCAACAUGACUUAUAUGUUCGAGUAUCCACAGUAUGUGAAAAUAAAUUUCGACGCAAAUCUGGACUUUCCGAAGUACAAUUUGUACGCAUAUUCUGAGGGACGACUAACCGAAAAUGCACGCAACAUGAAAUUCGAUGGAGCUCCGGUAAUAUUUGUACCGGGAAAUCGAGGCUCAUAUAAGCAGGUCCGAUCGUUAGCUUCGGUAGCGUUGAGAAAAGGAAUCGACAACCUCUGGUCGGAACAUUUGGAUUAUUUUGCUGUCGAUUUCAAUGAAGAAUAUUCCGCUCUAUACGGAGGUUACUUGGAUGAUCAGACCGAUUAUUUGGGUGCAUGUGUUGAUACGGUUCUCAAUCUCUAUCGAAAUUUACCGAACGGGCCGAAAAGUGUUGUCAUUGUUGGUCAUUCGAUGGGCGGAAAAAUCGCCCAAGCUUUGCUUACCGACUACAAGAAAAUUGAUUUGAUCAACACUGUCGUGAUGUUGUCAACACCGGUCGACAGGCCAGUUCUAAAUCUCGACAAUUAUUUCGAAAUAUUUUAUCGAAAAAUCAAUGCAUUUUGGACGUUGAACCGGAGCGAAAUGAAUGAAGUGAAAAAUACAACGAACACUUGCUGCAUAAAUCAGAUUGGUCCGGCGGAAUUAACGACCGUAACAGCCGAUGAUAAUGAUGACGCAUACCCUUUGAACAAAAAACUGUUAAUCACAAUUGGUGGCGGUAGCAGGGACAUACUGGUACAUUCUGCUCUGACGAGGUCUAAAUUUUCGGACGUUCAUGCAAUCGCCACAUCCGUACCGAAUGUAUGGCUGACCACUGACCAUUUGUGCGCGGUUUGGUGUCUGCAACAAACUCUUGUCAUCAAUCGAUUUUUGUACAGCAUAAUCGAGCCGAUUAAGAAUCGUAAUCAAGGGCAACAUUUCAUUGAAGACAAAAGCGUUCGGUUACAGAGAGCCAAACACUAUUUCACGCCGAAAACUGUUCCUCGGAAAUUAACUUCGGUCAAAUUAGUCCACAACCAUGACGAUCUGGGAGACUGGGUUGAAGAUUCGCGUAGAGUUUUCACCGAAGUUUUUAAAUCGGGUAUUACAGAGACAAGAUAUCAAAUGAUUCGACUGUAUGAUAUACCGCAGACUCAGAUCCUAGAUGUUGAGGCUAUCAAUGUCGAUACAGACGAUUGGGUAUUCGGCUGUGCUGCAACAGAAGUGACUUCAAAUAUGCGAUACUGCUCGGAAGCGACAUCGUUGACACAUUUAACUAGAAAAGUGCCAUCGAGGCGGUACGAACGUCUCAUCAUUACGAUAGAUCUUCACAAAAUCAAGCAUCAAUAUCCGGCAUGGACUCACGUGCUUCUACGAAUUCGUCCGACUAUUAAGCCGCUUCAAUUGAACGUAGAUGUCCAUGGUGAAGGUGAUCGAGAGAUUGAAGUGACAAUGCCCAAAUGGUAUUCGUUUUCAAACAAAAUUUUAUUGAGCGACACUCUUGUUGGCAGCAUUGCGUAUACAAUCAAAGUCACUGGAUUGGAAGAAGCUUAUCAAUCAUUGGAAUUAGAAGUUAAACCCAGAACCUGUUCAAAGAAACAGCAUCAUGCCGUUGCAAAGCUAUGCGUUCCGUGGACGGUAGGAUUCGAUCGUUACCAUCACUUUACCGACACGGAAAGCGAAAUAAUGCAACUGAAUGUGCCAAUGGCGAAACCGAGUAGCUACAAUACCACAGAGAAUCCCGUUACGGUUAAACUGAAUUUGGAUCCGAAUUGUCGUUAUCAAAUAUCGGUAAAAAACUCAUUUGCAAUGACAUUGGCGCGAAUUGUGCAACAAUUUUCUCACUGGUUACCGUCGCACUUGGUCGCUAUUUUGCUGUUAGCAUUUAAACAUCAAAUAUCGCUAACGCCCAGCAAAGAGAUAUUCAAAUGUGGCGCACUGUACUCAGCAUUGAUAAAUUGUUCCAGUUUUUUCAUCAUAACGGCAUCGCGGGUAUUCGUGAAAGUAUUGUUUUGGGCUGAGUCACUUCCGAAUCCCGAUCCCGUUGAGCACACAUUGCUUGUUUCAAUCAUAAUGCAUGGAUCCGCAUUGGCUUUGUUGACGGUACUCACUGGGGCAGUGUGGGCAUUGAUAUCAUUGAGUGGAAACAUUGCGUAUAAGAUCUUGAUACGGGCGAUCCGAUUCCCAUUGCCAACAAUAUCGGGAGUAUUACUACCGAUUAUACAAAAAUUUCCGAUAUCAAUCGGCGUUAUACUCAUUUCUAUAGCGAUGGCUUCUUGCGGAGGGCUAGCGAUCAUUGGUGCCGUUUUUGUUUAUUUCAUUUUGCUGGCCAAAAUGUAUGAAGAUUAUCUGGAGGAAUUCAUUUUCAAAACAGCCAAACUAAUUGCUCAGAAAUUAUUCGGAAAAUCCACCGACGAACAAAAUGACGACGAUGCUGAUGACGCUUCAACAACCGAACCAGGUCAGCCUGAUGAAUUGAAUGCAAAUGAAAACAAUGUAGACGCAAAAGAGCUACUGUCCGACAAUUUAAAUACAAACGAAAAUACUGAGGAUGCGGAUGAGGCCAAUGAACAGGACACUAAGAACGAUGAAACGGACGAAAAUGAAUUUGAAAUUCUCGAAAAACAAAAACCCAAUUCGGAUACCGUUGCUGAAAACACCGAUGAGACUGAUUUUGAUCCGGAAGUGACGAGAGAGCUAGAAAAAUUGAUAAGUGAAACCAAGGAGAAGUACGCAAAGGCCGAACGGGAUAAAAUGAAUAUGGAAACUAUGAGCCGGGUGGAAUUUGACGGCAUUGCUGAAGGGCUUAGCAAUUUACAUUUCCAUCUAACUUUGUUCCUACUACUAGUCAUACUCGCCGUGCUUAACAUACCAAGUGUCAUAACCUGGGCCAAUGACUAUCAUUACAGUCGUUCGUUGAAAGCAGAUCCGUCGCUGCUACCUGCCGUGUUUACUCUUAUAUCGCUUUGUUACAUAUGGCAGUCGCCCACCCCAAGAGACAUCAAUGGAUACAAAUUUCUGGCAAAUGUACUGUACUUCGUCGCAGCCAUCGUAAUCAUUUACUGUCAAGAUUCCGUUUAUCGGAUAAAUGCAAUCAUCAGCAUCGUUUUUGCCAUAAUUACGCUACAUCAAGUGUGCGGAAAAGUGGACGCUCCGGUGGAAGAAACACCGGCUGAAAAAGAAUUGAGAGAAAAGGUUCAAAAAAUCAGGGAAGGUUUGUUUGCUGAAUCGAUGCUUGGUGAAACGAUGAAUGUGGAAACUUAGUAAAGAAAAAAUCGAUUGCUGUAAGUCGAUUAGCGUUUAGGGACGUUCUAUCGAAAUGGUUUAGGCUUCGCGGUUUAAACUUUGUUUUCCUUUAUUUUAUAUUUUUGAUGUACAAAAAUGUCAGUUAAUUAUUCAGCAUAAAGUCACAGCAUCCAGUAGGUAAUGUAUUUGAAACAUAUAUCUACUGGUAGGUUUUUUUUUUAAAUGGCAGUCUAGUCACAUAGUGUAAUUUCACCUUACUCACCAUAUAUUAACAAAUAAAAGUGUUUCUACCGAUAAAGUUUAAAUUUACGUCGACAGUAUUUUUUGUAGAUUUUAAUAAUGCUCUUGAUUCUUUUAGCGAAAUGCUGGGUUAUUUAUAUAAAACAAAAGAAAAUCAAAAUUAACUUUAUAUGCUACUACCACAUGCGUCUAAAAUGGCACUUUUACUGACCGUUUAUUGACCUCGGCUUCGCCUCUAAUCAACACAAAUUCUCACCAACAAACUUUUCAACUUUCCACCCCUAUGUCAAUUUAGAAUUUGGAAUUUCGUGCGAAUCAAUAGAUGAACAAAUGAAUUGAACAAAUAAUUUCAAUCGAGAUUUAAAGGCUCUUUUGAUGUGAGAAUGUCGUGAAUGAGUAUAAAUUCGUUUUUUUUGCCCCUUGUCACAUUUCAUUCAGCGGCAUUACGACUUUAAUUUUACUGAAAGUUGUUUCUAUUUGCCAGUGCUAUGUUCGAGUCACAGUUACACUACACAAACACUUAAAAAACUCACCAUGCAAUUUUUUAGAAAGAGGUUUCAUUCAAAUGCAAAGGUUUUGGAACGUUAGUAAGCAGAUUUUUACUUUUCGCACUAUGCUCAGCUGGAUGGCUCUUGGGGUUCUAACCAUUUUUAUGAUCUCUCGUUGAAAAGUUCCGAUUAUAGUGAUUCUUUGAGACUAGAUAUGAACAUUCUUCUCGUGAUUUAUACCGAAGACUAUAAAAUUUAUAACAUUUAAUGUGGACAGUUUCUGUCGCAAAUAGUACUUAUUAGCUCUGACAUUCCAUAUCCCAGUUCCGAUAUUGUCCUAUUCCAAUUACCAAUUGCUAAACCUUCAGUCUUUCUAACGAAAAACGACUGUCAGGGCCUAUGUUAAGUAAUUUUAUUUACGAAAAACUACCAAAAUUA